CCCUCCGCAUUCUUCUUCUUCUUCUUCUUCGUCUCUCUGCUCUUCGCUUCUCUCUAUUUCCCAAUGCUCAGGAUUGUGAAACAUCUUCAGUACGCCAAUCGUUCUUUGGUAAGAUGUGGGCUGCCAGUGUUAUCACCUCCGCUCACUAAGGGUCUUCAGCAUCAUCAUCAGCAUCUCCCUCUCCUUCAACAGUCGUUGAUGAUAUAUCAAAGAUGUCCAUUUUCAACAACUACCCCUGCUUCUGCAAAUCAAGAAGGAUCAAAAUCAAAAACUUCGGAAAAUGCUAAUUCUGAUGAAGGGAGCAAGUCGGGGGAAUCACAUGAAAGCAGUGAUGCUGGAAAGUCUGUUCGUGGAGGGCCUGUUUCGUGGUUGAGCUUUUUGUUGCUCGUAGCAACUGGGGCAGGAGUCAUUCUCUAUUAUGACAAGGAAAAGAGACAGCAUCUUCAAGACAUAUUUAAUGCAUCAAAGGAGGUAAAGGAAGGACCAUCUGCGGGAAGAGCUGCCAUUGGAGGUCCAUUCAAACUUAUCAACCACGAUGGGAAGCCUGUAACUGAAAAAGACUUUUUGGGGAAAUGGACAUUGAUGUACUUUGGAUUCACUCACUGCCCUGAUAUUUGCCCAGACGAAUUACAGAAACUAGCUGCUGCAGUUGAUAAAAUAAAGGCCAAUGCAGGGAUUGAGAUAGUCCCCGUAUUCAUCUCUGUCGAUCCUGAAAGAGAUACUGUUGAGCAAGUCCGUGAAUACAUCAAAGAGUUUCAUCCAACGUUGAUUGGGUUAACUGGUAACCCAGACGAGAUACGCAGUGUGGCCCGUGCCUAUCGCGUAUACUAUAUGAAGACAACUGAAGAAGAUUCAGAUUAUCUUGUUGAUCAUUCCAUAGUCAUGUACUUGAUGAGCCCUAGUAUGGACUUUGUUAAAUUUUUUGGGAAGAACAAUGAUGUUGAUUCGCUUGCUGAUGGCAUAACCAAAGAGAUAAAGCAGUACAAGAAAUAGAGGCAGAGGCAUAUUUUCUGUUCCUUCUCAACUAAUGACAUUUGCACAGUACAUAAUUUAUCUUUCGAAUACAGUGGUCAUUUCUACAUUUCCUUUUUCUUGAUAUUUCUGAUUCUGGUUAUAUUUUAGAACAGUAGAAGGAUUAGUUGCCGGGACAGUGACUAUGAAAUGAAAGGAUCAACAUGAAAAUUCUAUGUUGAGACUUACGAGUUGUUCCAAGAACAGGAUUUUGGCUUUGGCAAGGUUUACUGGUUAAAGCUUAUUGGCAUUGAUAUCUUCUAUUGUCUAGACACCUAAGUCGAUGAAACUUCAUUAAGCUUUGUAUUUCUGCUCUAUGAAUUCAUAAUAACAUGCAUAAAGUUUUUAUUUUAUUUU